CGCGCCCAAAAUUCAAGCUUCAAAAGGAUGCGGAUUUUACAGCAUGUGGUUCGAUUGAAAGAAAUCACAAGUGUCAAAAACACUGUUUUUUCGUCAACCCGCAGGCUUAUAACUUUCCGUCAGAACAUGCCUCCUCCUGAUAGGUGGCUGGAUUAUUCCAAUGUAGGAAAAGUUAUUCCAGGAACUAACAUUGUUUGCUUCAAAGUACCACUGAAAAAUGGACUGUUGCGACAGGUUCCACCAGAAAUGUGGUUCACACCCAAAAAUUUGAUAGACAACAUGGAGAAGGAAUGCCAUAAACUUGUAAUGGUCAUAGAUCUCACUUUCACCACAAAAUACUAUUUAAAGAUAGGAAUGAAAAAAGGUAAUCUAAAAAAAGAUUUGAUGAAAAAAAGUGAAUUAGAAUUCACUAAAAAUGGAGUUGAACACCUGAAAGUGUUUACAGAGGGCCAUGUGAUACCUAGUGAUGAUAUAGUACACAGAUUCUUUGAUGCUGUUGAAACAAAAACUAAAGCUACAUCUGAGAAAGUUGAUGUGAUAGGAGUACAUUGUACCCAUGGAAUCAACAGAACUGGCUACAUGGUUUGCAGGUACAUGAUAGAACGUCUAGCCUUUAAGCCAGAAGAAGCCAUACAAGCGUUCAAUGCUGCCAGAGGUCACGACAUCGAGCGGGAGAAUUAUCUUGAUGAUCUACGCACCAAAACUUUCUUGGAAGGUUACCAGAAUGAAGGAAGACACAGGCUUGAACAAAAGAAACCUAAUUCCAGAUUUGGUUCACAUAAACGGCAAGACAGAAAACAUAGAUCAGAACGUUCCGUUAGUCAGGGUAAGGACAACAGUUACCAUGACCAGCAUCCCAGUAGUCGGGACACAGACCUCCACUCUGGUGGUUACCAUGACAGCACCAGGUAUGAGCCUUCCAUGGAAGAUAGAUAUCCUUACGGUGAAUAUACAUAUGAGAUCGAAGAAGGACAGAGAGACAUGGAAAGUGAGCUCGAUUAUAGAGAUCGUUCAAACCAUUCAGAUCAUCACUAUUACCAUGAUAAAUACAGAGGCCGGAAUGAUGGUGACAAUGAUCAACAUUGGAGACAUAGAGGUGGUAGUCAGGAAAAUUCAUUUUGGGGUCAUGGUUAUAGAGGUCAGGGUUAUGAUUAUAGAGGUCAAGGUCAUGAACAUAGAGGUCAAGGUCGUGAACAUAGAGGUCAAGGUCGUGAACAUAGAGGUCAAGGUCGUGAACAUAGAGGUCAAGGUCAUGAACAUAGAGGUCAGGGCCAAGGCUAUGGUGGUCAAGGUCAUGACUUUAGAGGUCAGGGUCAAGGCUAUGGAGGUCAGCACUAUAUAAAUCAGGGCUAUAGAGAACAGGGUAAAGGCUUUGAAAGACAAGGUCAAAACUCCAGGGGUCAAGAUUAUGACAGGUCAUGGAGAGAAGACAGGAGGAUGUCACCCGAAGGCGACUGGAAACACUCACGAAGUGGACAACACAAUCACCAGCAGUACAAUUCGUACAACUCCAGGGAAUACAAGAGUUCCAACAGACGUCAAAGUCAUGAAAAGUCUGACAUACCUCAGAGUCAUGAAAGGUCUAACAGACUUCAAAGUGAUAAGUAUGGACAGCGUGAGCAAACGAGAGAUGUGAAGAGAAGAAACAGUCAACAGGACAGACACACUGACCAUCCUGAUACUGCCACACCACAAAACAGCGGACACAAUAGCGAGUUAUGACAGAAGACAAAAGCUAAUGGUACUAGUAGUAAUUAAAGUGUUCUUUUUUAUUGUUGUUCCUUGUCGAAGGGAAAGUGUGCUUAUGGUAUGGCAAAGCAUCCAGCAUCCAGCAUCUGCCUAUCAACUUUGACUACUUCUGAUUGAUGUCAAUAAAUUGUAAUCCCCUUUUAGGCAGAGGGACUAAACCCUAUAGGGAACAUACACACAAUUCUUCAAAAUCUAAUUAGACGAGAUAAUUUAAAUCUUAUUUAUUAUGAAGGAUCCAUAGACUAAGGGGAUUAAAGAUUUGUAUAAAGCAAAUGUGUAGAAUAGUUGGGCAUGAUGGUUGAUCAAUAAGGAAAGAGGUUAACAUUAUUAGAAUCUUUUAUAUUAGUGAACAGAUUUGGUUUUAAUGUGUUACAAUGUAUCAUAAAGAUCCAUGUGGGUUUAGAAAGGAAAUGAGAGUAAAAUUCUUCAAUAUGUAUCAGUUUUUUAAUCUGAAUUCAUCUUGAGAAUACUUUAUGGGCAAAGAGGCUCAAACAUUGUUUAGAGCUUUAUUCACAAGGGUAGAUAAUGAAAAAAACAGCUGUAAAUAUUCAGAAAGUCCUAUUGUAACCUAGUAUUCUGUACAGCCUCCUUGGAUCAGAGAAGAGGCUGGUGGGCAACAUGCACAUGUACUAUGAGGGCAUUAUGAUAGAAUUAUAACAAUUUUUUUAAGGUCACCUGACCCAGUGUCUGGCACCUGGUGUAUAUCUGUCAACUUUUUUAUGAAAAUGCUACUAGUUUGGGUGAAGGGGAACCAAAAUUGUAUAAAAAUUGGAUUUGGCCCCUUCAGGGACCCCAGGGACAAGGCUCAAUAGAAGAAAUUUUGAAAAUUUGUUAAAUCCUUCUUUUUCUGUAGGAAUGAAAGGAUUAGGUCUGGAGAAUCCUUGAGUGAAGGGGGUCUGGAGCAUUAUUGGGCAAAGGAGAUCCAAUGUAGAAAUGGAGGGUGUCGCUCAGACAUUUAGACCGGGUUUGAAAUUCAUGUUACUUCCCUCACUGAUCUGCCAGUACAAUUCCUAAGUGGUGUAUUUAAAGACUCUUCUCUCUAAAGAAAAAAAAAUGUUUUUUUCCAACCCUAAUUUCAAAUUGAAAUUAUUCCAUGUGAAUGAUUUUUUAAUCCAUUUUAGUUUUGAAGCACACAGGUUUUAUAUUAAUUAAUUAUUAAUAUUAUCAUUAUUAAUAUUAAUUAGUGGAGAUUUUGUGGAGAAGGCUAAACAUUUGUAUUCAAAAUAUGUUAUAUUCACAAAUACCACAUAUGUGUUAGAUUAAUUAAUUUUUAGUACAAUGUACAUUGUAAUUGAGUAAGCAGGUGUAUCUAAAGGAACAGCAUAUCUGCAGAGACAUAUAUGCAGAAGUCUGAUAUGUAAAAAUUACACCUACUUCAAAUUGUCUUUCUAAGUUUUUAUGGUGAUACUUUUACGGUAAGUCCUUGUUUCAGAGGAGUACAUAUGUUUUUAAUAAAAAUGAUAAUUUUUCAUGUUU